AGUUCCAGUUUCUUCUUAUCCAACUUGAAAAGUUUUUGUUUUUAGCAAAAGAUAUUAACUGAGUUUUAGAGACAAAUCAUACUAAAUCAGGAUUGGGAGACUGCUACUGAUCAAGUUUUGCUAAUCAGUGGCAUCAAAUAUAUGUCUAUUCCAUUAUAUUCCAUUACUCUUAGUAUCUAGAAAAUUCUCAUGUUGUUUGAAUGAUUCUGGGGACAAACAGAACAUUAAUCAUGUGCAAGCUUUUCUCAAUAGUUUUUGAUGUUGAGUAUAUGAGCUCGUCAUCAGCUCAACUUGUCAUCGCAAAAAGGAUGGACAUAUAUGAGCCAUUCCAUCAAGUGACCAUGUGGGGGGACAGCUUUAAAAUUGAUGGUAGCCUGAAUUCAAUUGCUUCCCCAAUGUUUAUGAUGAACACUAGCAUGGAGAACAAGUCUGUAUGUACACCUCAUGAAUCAAGUUCAAGGGAACCUUCUGGAGAUGAUCAAGAGACAACUAACAAAGCUGUUACUAAGGGGCUCAGACGCCUAGCUCAAAAUCGCGAGGCAGCUAGGAAAUGUCGGCUACGAAAGAAGGCUUAUGUUCAACAAUUGGAAACAAGCCGGCUGAAGCUCAUGCAGUUGGAGCUGGAGGUUAAGAAAGCAAGAAAUCAGGGUCUAUACACAGGCAGUGGAUUAGAUGUCAGUUAUAUGGGAUCAUCUGGAACAAUAAACUCAGCAGGGGUAUCUGUGUUUGAAAUUGAAUAUGGACGUUGGGUUGAAGAGCAGGAUAGACAGAAUGUGGAACUAAGAAAUGCAUUGCAAACUCAUGCACCUGAUAACAUGCAGCUUCAGAUACUUGUUGAGGGUAGCUUGAGCCACUACUCAAAACUUUUCAAGAUGAAAGCAGAUGCUGCAAAAGCUGAUGUCUUUUAUUUAUUCUCUGGUUCUUGGAAAGCCUCAGUUGAAAGACUUUUUCUUUGGAUUGGAGGAUCUCGCCCGUCACAGCUUCUAAAUAUCAUUGUACCACAGCUUGAGAACUUGAGUGAUGAACAAAUUACCAGCAUUAACAACCUCCGUCUAUCAUCUCAGCAAGUGGAAGACGCAUUUUCACUUGGGUUGGAGAAGCUCCAGCAGAGCCUGGUCGACAACAUACUAAUUGAUCCUCUGGUUGAAGGAAACUUUGGGCUUCAAAUGGCUGCUGCCAUGGACAAUGCUAAAGCUCUAGCAAGCUUUGUAAACCAGGCAGAUCACCUUAGGCACCAAACUCUGCUUUACAUGUCUCGCAUUCUGACAAUUGGCCAAACUGCUCAAGGCUUGCAUGCAAUGGGGGGAUAUUUUCACCGUCUUCGCACUCUUAGUUCUUCAUGGGCUGCUCGUUCAUGUGAUCCUGCAUUCACUACUCAAAGCUCAAAUUCAGUCUUCUUUGAACCUUAAUUGCUGCGUGAUCUGCACAAUAGGUGCUUAAGUUUUUAUCCUUUUUAGUCCAAUAUGUUUAUAUAUAUGCAAUUGCAAGAUAAUGCUGGCAAGUACCAUGAAGUAAAAUUUAUACAUAAUUUGUUGCUCUUGAGAACAACUUGUACAUAAAAGUUUUUCAUCUUCCACAUGAAAUUAUGAACAAGGAAUUAUUUUCCC